AUGCUUGCGCCUACGAGACUUCUUCCAGUCCAGUACCGAGCCAAGCUCAAUGCCAUCGAUCGUCGUCGGCGACAUGCCUUGUACGAUCUGCCCGAAUUCUGGGAGGCAGUCGCACUCUUAAUCCCGGCUGCAACUUCGCACGCACUAAAAUGCACAGACCGGCGACCAGGCAUUUCUUUGGACUUAACGUCCCACCACCUUCUUUGCCCUUGUAUCCUCGAGAAGCUGAAGCCACGUCUCCAGAAGGCGACUCGUAUCGACGUCGCCUUCUCUGGUGAAUGCUCGGGCGUCUCCAAGCCGUCGCGACUCCUCGGGCAAUGGCUGGGGUCGCUUCCAGAUAGCGACCUGCGCCACCUGGAGCAUCGCUACGCCCUCAGCAACCAGCCAGACUGGUCUGCCAUGCUGUUUUGCGAGCACCGAGGGCUGCAGACUCAGGUGGCGGUCAAUCCUCAAACCGUCUUGUGGGGUGUUGCCCUCCGCAGGCUAAACCUGGCUGUGGAGAGACCGGACCGCGCCAUACCAGCGGAUGAGCUGGUUGUUCUUCUCAGUCGCUGUCCAUCGCUGGAGGAGCUCGCGCUACAGAUGGUAUUGGGUCCCUCGCGCGGGACACCUGCAGUGGCAUUACCAGUAUCUCUUUCCCAUCUCCGCUAUUUCCUCCUCUGCGGGAAACUCGAGGAAUGGCAGUUCCUGCGGCCGAAGCUCGCCAUCCCAGAAACCGCGUCAGUUCACGCCGACCUCAUUCUACCACGAGUCGACAUAUUCCUCUAUUCUAUCGAUCGAUUCAUUGAAGAGGCAACAGUCAAUUGCCUGAGGGGGCCCGGAUUCCCAUCGUGCCGAGUCGUGGUCCUACACUACCAAACAAAGACGCCGACCGACACCCCUCCUGACGACGACGCGCCCGAGCUAGUGACGCUCACGUUUGCCGCCACAGAGGAGGAGGCCCGGGCGGAGAAGAACCCCGAGCAGGUGUCUCAGCGGUGGACAUUCACGAUUCGAUUCCCUGGUAAUAUCCUCAAGGCGCGUUACCCGCCAAGGCCGGGAGAGGAGCGCAUGAGCGUCGACACAGUUCGAAGUCACGAGCUACUCGUAAGCUCAAUAUGCAGGGCCAUCGAGAAGUCGCCUGACGUCGAUCUGAAGACCACCGAGGUCUUGAUCAUCAAAGCUGGCGGUAGACUACGGCACAUGGUGGACUUAUAUCACCUGUCACCCAGCUUCCCUAACUUGAAGGUGCUGGUGUUGUACGGCGUUAUCAACAGACACAGCUAUGCUCUGCACAAUACCACGCGCGAGCUUAGGGAUGGGAGUUGGAGAAGCAUGGAGCAAGUCCGUCUGCCAGACUAUGAGGAUUUAGAAUGGUGUAUGGACUGGUUCGAGGGCGGCCAAGAGGGACGCGAAGUACACUUCACAACUUCCUGCACUAGUGAUGACGGUAUGUGCAUCGUCAAUCUCCGUCUGGUCUUGGUUGACCGAUACCAUCGCUGCAUACAUAGGUUUGUCGCUUUAUGA